UAUGGCGGCGGUGAGGCGGCUGCUGUGGCGCUGCGGGCGGCCCCCACCAGCGCUGCUGAGCCGCGUGUGGCGGCGGGGGCGGCUGUGCUGUUUGCCCGAGCCCAGGAGGCCGCCGCCCUUCGCUCUUCCCUCCGGAUCGUCUUUGCCGCCCUGGGCGCUGCCCCGGCGGGACCUCCAGUUCCUGCUGAAGGGAGAGCCCGCGGGGAGUGGCAACCAGGACAGCCUGGAGGGUGGCGAGGAGGGCGGCGAGGCGGGCGGCGGCGGGAGCGGCCUCCCCGGUGAGGGCUCGGGCGGCGCUCCCGUGGUGACGGCGCUGGCCCCCCUCAUGGUCCCCGAGCACGUCCCACACGUGCCCCUGAUCGCUGUGACUCGCAACCCUGUUUUCCCUCGCUUCAUCAAGAUCAUCGAGGUGAAAAACAAGAAGCUGGUUGAGUUACUGAGGAGGAAAGUCCGCCUCGCCCAGCCCUACGCUGGAGUCUUUCUCAAGAAGGAUGACAACAAUGAGUCAGAUGUGGUGGAGAGCCUGGAUGAAAUCUACCAGACAGGGACUUUUGUCCAGAUCCAUGAAAUGCAGGACUUGGGUGACAGGCUGCGGAUGAUUGUCAUGGGACAUCGAAGAAUUCGCAUUAACAGGAAGCUGGAAGUGGAACCAGAGGAGCCUGAGACCGAGGCCAAGCAGAAACCCCGCAGAAAGCACAAGCAUUCCCAGCGGGAGGCCAGAGAACAGCUGGAAAUCCAGGAGCCAGUGCUGCAGCCCCUGGAAGCUGCCCCAAGUGAGGUGCUAAUGGUCGAAGUGGACAACGUGGCCCACGAGGACUUCCAGACCACAGAAGAGGUCAAAGCUCUCACGGCAGAAAUCGUCAAGACCAUCCGGGACAUCAUUGCCUUGAACCCUCUUUACAGAGAGUCUGUGCUUCAGAUGAUGCAGGCUGGGCAGAGAGUGGUGGAUAACCCCAUUUAUUUGAGUGACAUGGGGGCGGCGUUGACAGGGGCAGAGUCAUAUGAGCUGCAGGACAUUCUGGAAGAAACCCAGAUUCCCAAGCGCCUGUACAAAGCGCUGUCUCUUCUCAAGAAAGAGUAUGAAUUGAGCAAGCUCCAGCAGCGGCUUGGACGGGAGGUGGAGGAGAAGAUCAAGCAGACUCACCGCAAGUACCUCCUGCAAGAGCAGCUGAAGAUCAUCAAGAAGGAGCUUGGCCUGGAGAAAGAGGACAAAGAUGCCAUUGAGGAGAAGUUUCGGGAGCGCCUGACCGAACUGGUGGUGCCCAAGCAUGUCAUGGAGGUGAUAGACGAGGAGCUGAACAAGCUGGGCCUCCUCGAUAACCACUCCUCUGAGUUCAAUGUCACCCGCAACUACCUGGACUGGCUGACAUCCAUCCCUUGGGGCAAAUGCAGCGAGGAGAACCUGGAGCUGGCCAGAGCGCAGGCUGUCCUGGAGGAGGACCAUUAUGGCAUGGAGGAUGUCAAAAAGAGAGUGCUGGAGUUCAUAGCUGUCAGCCAGCUCCGGGGAUCAACUCAAGGCAAGAUCCUUUGCUUCUAUGGCCCGCCGGGGGUUGGCAAGACCAGUAUUGCCCGCUCCAUUGCUCGGGCCCUGAACCGUGAAUAUUUCCGCUUCAGUGUUGGUGGAAUGACUGAUGUGGCCGAGAUCAAGGGACACAGGAGGACCUAUGUUGGUGCCAUGCCAGGGAAGAUCAUUCAGUGCCUGAAGAAGACCAAGACAGAAAACCCUCUGAUCCUAAUUGAUGAGGUGGACAAAAUAGGACGAGGCUUCCAAGGAGACCCCUCCUCUGCACUUCUUGAGCUGCUGGAUCCGGAACAGAACUCCAACUUCUUGGAUCAUUACCUUGAUGUCCCUGUGGAUUUAUCCAAGGUGCUCUUCAUUUGUACUGCCAACGUGACAGAGACAAUCCCAGAGCCCUUGCGGGACAGGAUGGAAAUGAUCAAUGUCUCAGGCUAUGUUGCCCAAGAGAAGCUGGCCAUAGCAGAGAAGUAUUUGGUCCCUCAGGCCCGUGUGCUGUGUGGGCUGGACGAGAGCAAGGCCAGCAUCACGCCUGAUGUGCUGACUGUGCUCAUCAAGCAGUACUGCCGGGAGAGCGGUGUGAGAAACCUGCAGAAGCAAGUGGAGAAGGUGCUUCGGAAAUCGGCAUACAAGAUCGUCAGUGGGGAAGCAGAGAAGGUGGCGGUGACCCCUGAGAACCUGCAAGACUUUGUUGGGAAGCCCAUCUUCACAGUAGAUCGGAUGUAUGACCUGACCCCUCCUGGAGUGGUGAUGGGCCUCGCUUGGACAGCCAUGGGAGGCUCCACCUUGUUCAUUGAAACGUCCCUUCGAAGGCCCAAGGACAAGGAAAGCAAGGAGGGUACCCUGGAAAUCACAGGGCAGCUGGGAGACGUGAUGAAGGAGAGUGCCAAGAUUGCCUACACGUUCGCCCGGGCCUUCCUAAUGCAAAAAGAGCCGGCCAAUGACUUCCUGGUGACCUCCCACAUCCACUUACAUGUGCCAGAGGGAGCCACCCCCAAGGACGGGCCCAGUGCAGGCUGCACGAUAGUAACUGCCCUGCUGUCUUUGGCAAUGAAUCGCCCUGCGAGGCAAAAUGUGGCCAUGACUGGAGAGGUGUCACUGACAGGGAAGAUCCUCCCUGUUGGGGGAAUCAAGGAGAAGACUAUUGCGGCCAAGAGAGCUGGUGUCUCCUGCAUGAUCCUCCCAUCUGAAAACAAGAAGGAUUACUGUGACCUUGCCGAGUUCAUCACUGAAGGACUUGAAGUACACUUUGUGGAGCACUAUAAGGAAAUCUAUGACAUUGUUUUCCCAGAGCUAGCUCCCUCAGGAGCAUAACCUGCUGCUUGGAGCCACUUCUGGAUGGGGCCCGGCCUGACCUGUCUUCUCGAUCCCAUGCUGGGAGGUUUGGGCUGGACAGAGUGGCUGGAACUGCUGCUGUGUAGCGACUGCUCCCUAGCUGUGGCUUGGUUUGCUAGUGCUUGUGUCUCUGAGAAGCAUUUUCCACACCAAAUAUUGAAUUAUGAGAUGUUAAUUAAAACAGGACUGUGAAAUUCUAGACAACA